AUGACCAUCGUCCUUACGCCCUAUUGGUCCAAUGGUGUCCAGAAACUCAGAAUGGCACCUCAGCCACCCCCAAAACCCGCGCAUGGCCUGACACCGCCUGCCUUGGAUGGCAGUAUCCAUGCACUUCGGUGUCUAGCCCAGCUUCGGUCGAAGGACAAAAAUAUCGAGAAAUACAUCUACCUUACCCAAUUGAAGGACGCCGAUCCAGAUAUAUUCUACAAGCUUUGCCUAGAGAAUAUGGCCGAGUUCACGCCUCUCAUCUAUACUCCAACUGUUGGAGACGCUUGCAUCCAAUUCUCUCAGAACUACAGGCGUCCCGAAGGUCUUUUCAUUUCGUACAAGGACAAAGGCAAAAUUGGCUCCGUGUUGAAGAAUUGGCCACGGAUCAACGAAGCUAGAAUCAGUGUGGUGACCGAUGGUUCUCGUAUCCUGGGUUUAGGAGACCUUGGCGUGAACGGCAUGCCUAUUUCAAUCGGAAAACUCUCCCUGUACAUAGCAGGCGCCGGAAUCCGACCCUCCUCCACCGUUCCGAUUUGCCUUGACCUCGGAACGAACAAUGAAAAGUUUCUUGAAGAUCCUCUUUACCUCGGCCUUCGCCAGAAGAGAGUCUCGGAAGCUGAAAUGACAGAAUUCAUGGACGAGUUUAUGCACGAGAUGUCGGUCUUGUUCCCUAAGCUUUUGAUACAGUUUGAGGACUUCGCGACUGAAAAGGCAUUCCUUUAUCUCGAACGCUUCCGGGAGAAAUACCCGUUGUUCAACGACGAUAUCCAGGGUACCGGUGCAGUGGUGCUCAGCGGUUUCCUCAAUGCUGCGAAGCUCUCUUCCGCCGCCUCUGGUCUCCUUAUGACAGCUCAUCGCAUCCUCUUCUUCGGCGCGGGCUCCGCAGGCGUUGGAGUUGCGAUGCAGCUGAUGAGCUUCUUCACUUUGCAAGGGCUUUCGGUACAAGAGGCCCGUGAACGUAUCUGGUUCGUGGACUCCCAAGGGAUGGUGUAUACGGCGCGAGGGCGGCUUGCUGAGCAUAAGAAAUAUUUUGCCCGCAACGACUACAAUGGGGAGCCCAUGACGGAUCUUUUAGAUAUCCUCGAUUACGUGAAGCCAACUGCGCUGCUUGGGCUUUCCACUAUUUCUGGUGCCUUCAGCACAGAAGUUCUACAGACAAUGGCCGCUCUGAAUCCAAGGCCCAUUGUAUUCCCUCUUUCGAACCCCGUAAGGUUGUCGGAAUGUUCAUUUGAGGAUGCCGUGGUGAACACACAAGGGAAAGUGCUCUUCGCCUCUGGCUCGCCCUUCCCCGAGAUCGACUUCGACGGGAAGAUGCUGUAUCCUGGUCAAGGAAACAACAUGUAUAUCUUCCCUGGGCUCGGCAUGGGUGCUAUUCUCAGUCGGGCUUCGUCUGUUACCGACAGCAUGGUCGAAGCAUCGUCACUUGGCCUUGCUAACUCGCUGACGCCUGAAGAACAUGCCAUGGGUCUUCUCUACCCACAGGUUGAGAGAAUCCGAGAAAUUAGUGUCGCCAUUGCUACUAGCGUCAUCCGAGCUGCGCAGAAAGCUGGCGUCGACCGCUCCCCAGACCUUCGCUCAAUGUCUGAUGCCGAUCUCGCUACGUUCGUCGCUAGCAAGAUGUGGCAGCCGCAAGUAUGA